AUGGCCGCCUUGGUCUCGUCACUAGCUUCACUCCUCAAGCAGACUCACAUCGAGGACGAUGAGGAGGUCCUUCGUGCUGCCAAUGCUGCGCUCAAGCAAUCUAAGAAUGACGUGGACACUCAGCAUGUCAAGGUGGUUGCCCUGCUGAAGCUUGACCGUUUUGACGAUGCCCUUCACGCGCUGAAUGCUGGAGGCGAUGCACUCAAGGCUCGCGCGAGCGCAGAGCAUGCCUACGUGCUUUACAAGACCGGCCAGCCCGCUGCUGCGGCUCAAAUCGCACAUGAAAGAUCCGAGCGCGCAUACCGACAUAUCGAAGCGCAAGCAUCGUAUCGAGACGAGGACUUUCCUCGCGCGGCCGAAAUCUACAGAGAGCUCUCCUCGAAUAUUGGCGAAGAUGCAGCGGCAGAUUUGAGGGUCAACUUGGGGGCGGUGGAGGCACAACUAGAAUGGUCAGGACAGGGACACACUGUGCAGAAGAAGAAGCCGAGCCGGGACGAUUUAGAGGCCUUUGAGACAGCGUACAAUGCUGCGUGUGGGAGCAUUGCGCGUGGCGAGUUGCCACAAGGAGAGAUCCUCUUGAAGCGAUCAAGGACCCUUUGCGAGUCGCUAGAGGACUUGAGCGAGGAAGAAAAGCGCGCAGAAUUGCUUCCAAUUACGAUACAGCAGAUAUACGUUCUAGCACGACUCGGCCGAGACAGGGAAGCAGAGGAAUUGGCACGACACCUCGACGUUGUAUCCUCGUCUGGUUCGAGCACGCAGCACAUCGCCCGAGUAAACGAGUUUGCGGUAUCACAGUCCUCGAACAAUCCAUUUCUGUCACAGAGACUGCUGGACCAAAGCCUAGCACCUUCAGGGACCGACCAGCCUUUCCAAUUUCAGGAAUCCGCCUUGAGACAAAACAAAUUUGCCUCGGAUCUACAAUCGCUCAAGUACGAAGGUACAGCCGAGUCCACCCGGGUGGCAUUGUCGAAAGCGACUCUCCCAAGCACAGAUGCUUUCUACACGUCAAUGGGAGUGGUUAAUGCAGCAGCUCAUGCUCGGAACCAAACCGGAAAAGAGGCACUGAAGUCUAUCCUGCCAGUGCUAGAGCGACGACCGAAUGAUGUCGGCCUGGUAUUGACAGUCGUGCAGCUUUACGUACUCACGGGAAACCCGGGCGCAGCGACUGCAUUGCUGGAAACCUUCCUUGCUCGACUCGAGCAAACGGCCGAACAUCACGAUGCUCGCUUCGCACCAGGACUUGUGGGCACACUCGUCAGCCUCUAUCGCAACCAGGGACGGAAGACACCACUCUGUGGUGAGCUCGCGAAAGCGGCUUCAUACUGGCGACGGAAAUCAAAAGCUCAAAGUCCUGGUCUCACGUACCUCUACAAAGCUGCUGGUAGCGCUCUUCUCGACUCAAGCGAGAAGGAGCACCAGCAGCUAGCCCGAGAGAUAUUCGCCCACUUACACGACCAGGACCCGAACGACCGCUAUGCUGCUGCCGGCCUCCUCGCCUCAUCUCCGGAACAGGCCUCUCCCGAACAACUUGCAUCCCUCACCCCGACCGAACGCCUCCUCUCUCACAUCGACGCAGAAGCGCUCGAGGAUGCCGGCGUCGCAUCACUUCCAUCUUCACUCUCUUCCGCCAAGACUUCCGUGUCCACCAAGAAGCGCUCUGCAGAUGACAACAAAGGUUCUCAACCAAAGAAGCUUCGCAAGUCGCGUAUCCCCAAGGACUACGAUCCAAGUAAGACGCCGGAUCCCGAGAGAUGGCUCCCGCUCCGCGACCGCUCCACCUAUCGGCCCAAGGGUAAGAAGGGCAAGGCUCGCCAGGCACUGCUCAGUCAAGGCGCCGUCAGCACCGCUGUGGAGUCCGAUGGCGGCAGCCGGCCUGCGACGCCACGACCGGAUGUUAAGAAGAAAAAGGGCAAAGGUGGAAAGUGGUAG